UUUCUUUCAUAGGAUUUUCGGCCAGACGGCGACUGAAAUUACAAGUUACUGUGAUAUAUUUAUUUUCAAUAAUUAAUUAUUCUUAUCAGACAAUUAAAUGAGCACGUAUAUCAAGUUAUGUCUAUAAGUAAUGGAAGGUUCAGAAGUGGGUGGCGACCAGCAAUUUUGUUUGAGAUGGAACAAUUUUCAAGCAAAUAUAACAUCUCAAUUCGAGGCACUGCGCGAUGAUGAGGACUUCGUGGAUGUCACUCUGGCAUGCGAGGGACACAGGCUCGAGGCCCACAAAGUGGUACUUUCGGCUUGUAGUCCAUAUUUCAAGGAGCUAUUUAAAAAUAACCCAUGCCCUCAUCCGAUAAUAUUUAUGCGGGAUUGCGAAGUGUCGCACAUUCGGGCGCUCUUACAGUUUAUGUACGUCGGUCAGGUGAACAUAGCGCAGGCACAACUUAGCGCCUUUCUCCGUACUGCUGACGCAUUACAAAUACGUGGACUCACAGACUGCUCUCAACACAACGAUAAAAAAGUGAAUCGAAAAUCACCUCCUUCUCAAUUACGUAAUUUGCUCAGCGCGAAGCCGUCGCAUUCUACCUCUUCUUCAAAAGCUGCAAGCCAAAAUGUCGAAACAGCUUCAAACGACGACCAAGAUGUUGCCGCUCAUCAAUCUUCUAGGAAUUCUCCCGAUGUUGCCAGAAAUAAUCUCAAUGAUGAUACUUCGUUUCAAACUUCUAGUCAUGUUUGGCCUAAGAAUGAUGACUAUAGGGAAAUUUGUAAUCACCCUCCUUUAAGAGUCAAAACUGAUCUCGAAGCUCCAGAAGUGAAAAACGAGGAGAGUGAAAUCCUCAUGGACCCCGGUGAUCCAGAUAAAAACGAAAAAAGUCAAGAAUUCGCAGCAUCCGAUCUCCUAGAACCAAAAAUGGAAGUCAUGGAACAAGAGGCUAGUGACGAUGAACGUUCCAAUUUUCCACACAUGUACUACACUGAAAACAAUGCACUUGCAAAUCCAUUCGCCGCCUUACAAGGAAACAUGGAUCUCAUGGCCGGCAUCAAUCCAGAACUUCGGGACGAAAACAAUGAAGGUGUGGCAUUGGGGAGAUGGGACGGGAGACGAAACCGGCCGGUACCUGACGCGGUCUGGUUGGAACAACAUCGGCGUGCCCUACCCUUCGUGCUGAAGAGAGAAAACGAAAGAGGUGGUACCGCCGCACCUAGACUUAUAAAAUUAGGCGAAGGCGUCGAGAUCCGCGAGGAACUUCUCCGUGGUGUGAAAUGGGGAGAUUAUAGGAAGGUGACUCGAGGGUUAGCUGCCGCAUUGUUUUCGCCAAUAGAGCUCGCCACUUGCUCGGUGACGGGUCAACGUUGGUCGAGAGCUGGGCAGGAGUCCCGUCCGACGAAGCCGCCCCUGGAUCGCCGCCGCGUGCACGCUCUGAUCUCGUAUGUGAGCCGCCAGUUCCCCGAAGUGGAAGUCAGCAGGAUCAAACAGGUCCUCGCUUACAAGUGCAAGGAGAACUGCGCUGCCCUACGCAUGAGGACGGCAAGUGAUUCGACCAACUAUCUGCUGAGCGCGGCCGCCCGCCCUCCGCCCUGCGAGGACGCGCCGCCCGCCGCCCACACUUCAUAUUCCAACUUCGAGACAUCAAAGGGCGCCGGCGGGAGCGGUGCGGGGGGCGAGGACGGGUCGGGCGCGGGGGCCGGGGGGGAGGCGCAGUGAUGGCGCGGGCUCCGCACGCAUGCACCUCCACUUCUUGAUGCUGUUAUUUUUACCAAAAAAAAGAGAAACCCUAGAGGCCCGCGCGGCUCGACGCGGAUUCACUCAGAGAUUUAUAUACGGCGGCGACCUCGCGUCCGUGGUAAAUGUUCAUAUUUAUUUAGGUGAUAUUUUUCUAUUGGCUACUGAUAAGAUUUUUAUCUCGUUAUGUGUCCGCCGGCGACGCCGGGGACGCGUCCUGGACCGAGGGAGGGGGAGGGGUGGGGAGAGGAGCGCCCGAAGCUCUAGCAAUAAUAUAUCAGGUUCCUAAGACGUGUUUUGUAGUUAGGUUCUAUUGCACGAAUUCUCGCAAACACUGCCGCUUCGUUUCUGAAUACAACUGGAGAUGGACUUCGGCGUCCCGUCUUAUCCGCGUUUACGUUUGGUCGAGAGUCGAGCUGUUUACUUCGUUCGUGUUAAAUUUAUGUAAUGAGGCAUUCGAAUGCUGUACGAGGGACCGUUGCAAUCGCAAACUGAAUAUAUCAGAAAUGGCAUAAUUUUAGAGCUAAACAAUGUAGACGUAUUUAGUCAUUUCGUUUUAUAGGUGUAAUGAUAAAGAAUUUAUUUUGGAGCGUCAGGUUGGGAUAAUGUAAAGUCUUUGGAAAGCUGUGAUCGUGAUGGAUAUAAAACAGUCAUAUUUUUUAAAUAUAAAUAUAAGAGUUAUUACGUAAUUAUACAGACGGUAUGAUAUUGGAGAGGCGAGGCGAGCGCGCGCUCCGGCGAACGCAUCUGAGCGAAAAUAUAUUUAUCAUAUCAGAGAAAAAAGCAAUAACUAUUAUUUGAUAAAAAUAAAUAAAAAUAAAUGUUUUUUUUUAAGUAAUAUUUUAUUAAAUCGAGUUGCUAUAAACGUAGUUAGUAAAUUGAAACGAUGAACAAGUGAAGUCCGCGACCAUGUAUAAAAGUUCUUUUGAACAAACCUCGUAACGUAAUGCCACGCUGAAUGAAGUCAUAUCAAUAUACAAUAUAAUGAUAGUCGUUUUUAACUGUUUUGUACCUCUUGUACGGAUAUCAUCCAUGCAUGUAAUGUCAGAUCAUAGGAACGUACUUAUUUUUUUUACCAAACAUUUACACAAUGCAACUUCCAUCCGAGUAUUUAUUACGAAACGAACUGAACAUAUAUACUCAUUAAAAUUAAUAUUACUAAAAAAUUUGUUUGUUCGUAUUUAGACGAUACUCGUUAUUCUGAUAUAUAGUACAUCGAAAUUACACACGUUAGCUAAUAAUGUCACGCGUACCUUUAUAGGGUACCGGUAAUUAUUUACACGAAUAGUUGUCGUGACUGUGAUCUGACGUUUACUUAAUCUGCCGCACGUCCGUAGCGUUGAACUGUACCAGACCGGUGUACCUAUGGAUUAAUUACAGUUACCAGAAUUAGGAUAUGUAUGUAGUCACGCAUUGCUACCUAGUGGAGACAUGCAAGCAAUAUUUACGAUGCCAAUCGAAAGUCUUAAUGCUCAAUUUUGCCAAAUUUAUUACUUGCCGUUAAUGCGUCUUGUCUAUUGUUUUUUUUUUUUUUUAAAGUCAAAAGCAGACAUUCCCGGAACUAAAAUCGUCUUCGUUUACUAAAAAAAAAGGUAAUGGGGAAUCGAAAGUUUGCUCAAUGUUUGAUUUAUUUUUCCUUAUUAGCUCAUAAAACAUUCGCAUUGAACGUGAAACGUUUCGGCCCAAAAUGUAAAUUGUUAGGAAAUUUAAAAAAAAAAAUGAAAAUUUUAUUGUAAGAUUAGGAAUGUUAAAUUGAGAGUUAAAAAUUAAUUCGCAAGUAUAACUUUGUGACGAAUGCUCGAGAUGCAAUAUGUUAAUUUAGUGCCAAAUGAUAAGUUAACUCGUAGCAAUAUAAUGUAUCCUAAUGCUCUUAUGUAAUUUCUCACGUAGUGUUAACGACCUAUGAGGUUUCGAUGGUUUCUUUUACAAGACUAUAUAAUAUAUUUAUACAGGGAAAGUGUUAGAUAUGUACUGUUGUUUGGGAUAAGAGUGUUGUUGAGGUAUAAUACUCAUUGUGGCAGAGUGUAAAAAUAAUCUGUGAGGUACCAAUGUAUAUGCGAGCCCCGCCGCGCCGUCGCCAACGCAUCGACGUAUCGAGAGCGCUUACCUCGCUGACGUACGUACGGACGUAUUUUUACACUCUGUUCUUUAAAGCACUGAAUGAGCAAUGGAACAAGAGAAUUUAUUUACUCAAAUAAGUUUUUUUUUAUUAUUUACGAUAAUUUUACCACUAAAUUUUUUUUUUAAUAUACAUUAUUUUGCAUUUUAUUAUUAUUAUUACGGCAGCUGUCCAUGUUGCAGUGAACGAUGGAAUCGUUCGCUGUUUUUGUUUUUAGGGUUUCAUAAAUAAAAUUAGAAACGAUACAUCGAACAUGACACAUUGGGCACAAAAUAAUAUUAAAAAAUUUUUGCUUGAAUUUCUAUUUUGCUUGCUAUUUUGUAUUUAAUCGAAAUGUAAUUAACAUCGUCCUGAUUCUAUUGUCGGCUGAAACAAGCUAUUGUGAAACCCUAAACUAGGUACAUCAAAGAGAUACGGGCAGCCAACGCGCUUAAGGGCCGACGAACCUUAGUUGAUCUGGUUAAACUAAACUCUACAUGCAACAUUGUGACCAAGAGAAUUGGUACUUGCAUCGUCUGAUCCUGCCCGCGUCUGUUUGAGUCAACCUUUUUUUUUAUUUUCAACUAGGGGAAAUUUUAUCUAUAAUUUAAAAAGAACAACAUCGAUGCCACUGUGCUCUGGGAGGAGACAGCGUUGUGCCAAAAUUACGUGCUAGUCUUUAAAAAAAAAACAAAAUGUUGUUAUCAUUUUCAGAUUUUAUUUAGUCCAGAAUGUGUUUGUUCCUAUGCUGAAAAUAUUAUGUGACAAACCAACACUCUUUGAUUGGUGUGAGGCACAAUGUAGCGUAUUUAGUAUCUGGUUAGACCAAUUUUAUUAGUCUUUCAUAUCGAUAUUAGACAUAUCCAUUAGGUUUAACUGCACUAAAGUGUCGUAAAUUUAUAAUGUUUUUUUUUUUUAAUAAUUUUUUUUAAUUGUUUUUGAUUGGUUUUAAAUUCGCUAUAUUGUGUCAGUUGAUCAUAUUGGUCGGCAAAUAUAAGGCAAUUUAAUUUUCUUCAAAAUUUUGUAAGAAAUAGAGGCUGAUAAUUCAUUAAAAUUGUGAAUAAAAAUAUAUGUUAUAUAAUAUAUUAUGCACAUAUCGUAUAUCAUAUUAUAUAUUAAUAAACACGAUAAUAUAUGACAAAAAGGUCGAAAUUCAUCUUAACUGUAGUAGAUAUUAAUGAAAUACGUAAUUAAAAA